AUGGUCGAUAAUCUCAAUGUUGAUGAACAAAUUUCAACUCGUCGAUCAAAACGAUCAUGUCGUUUAUCAAUAGUAAAAACACAACCAAGUAUAGAAUUAAAAGAAAAUGAAUCAUUACCCAUCAAUGAUAAUGAUGAUAUCGAUGAAGAAGAUCCACCAGAAUUAUUUCAAUUAGGUGAUAUUUUCUGGGUUCGUGUUAUAGGUAAUCCAUGGUGGCCUGCACUCAUUUAUGGUUCAUACUACGAAGAUAAUCUUCAUACAAAAAUAGUUAAAACUCCUCGUCGACCAAAGAAACGUCUUUAUUUUGUUUAUUUUUUUGGUCCUGCUUUUGAAUAUACAUGGACAAAUGCUAAUUCAUUAAUAGCCUAUUCGGGUUUGGAUGACUUUAUUCGACAAGCUCAAAUAUCUGUACAAAAUGCAACAAAAAAAUCUGAACAAGAAGCAUUAGCAAAUCGUUAUGAACUUAAAGUAACUGCAAAUAAACGAGCUGAUUGGGAUAAAGCUAUUGAAGAAGCUGAUAAAGCAUUUAAAUUAACUCGUGAACAACGUAUAGAAAAUUUUGAUGAAAUAUUAAAGAAUAUUUUAAAUAAAGCAGAAAAAAAUAAUUCAAAUAAAAAACGACAAUCUUCUGUCACAACACGACAAUCAAGAAAAACUUUAUCACCAUCUACAAAUAAAUCUUCAAAUCGUUCAUCAGUAAAAAGACAAAAAACAAAAUCGACGGUAAUAAUGAUUAGAGUUCAUUGCGUCCAAAAUUUUCUAAUCAAAAUUCAAUAGAAGAUAUUUUUUCACCAGUUUUUUUUUUGUAUUCAGUGACUAGCGCACCCUAUACAUUUUUCAAUGACUAGAAUCUAUCGGAUCCGAAACCAAUUUGACGGACUUUAGAGAUGAUUCUAUAUUAUUGGUGAAGAAAAUACCCACUUUUCAGAUUCCAUACAAAUUUCUUAAGCAUCCAAUAAAAUAUUAUAAUGUUGUGAAACAACUGAACCAUAUCUUUUUUAAUAUGUUGAAAUGACAGUUCGCCAUUUGAAAAUUAUUCAUUUAUUAGAAAAAUUGAAAAUUCCAUUUGUGAGAUUAAUACUGUGUGUAUGGAGCGUCUCCUGAUUGCAGACAAUUUUUCUUAAUUGGAAGAAAAAAAUGUCGGCAUUACGGAAACAAGCAAAAAUUAGUCCAGAUAGCUCGAUUCAAGAGAGAAUAUCAUCUCCAUCGAGCUAGUCUAAUGUUCGACGACAAAUUAGAUGCACAAUUUCUUAAAUUAACAGAUUAUAUUUUUUCAUACAUAUAUAUUGAAGAAGCUUUAUACCUUUGGAACUUAUUCGAUUUAAUUGGAAGACGAACAAUCACAUAGGGAUUUAUCAUAGUCCAACACAUUCAAACCUUUGAUCUUGAAUAAGAUACAUUCAAGAGACACGUAGGUGAAAUUAGCCAAAGAUUCGAGUAAGAACAGCUAGGAUUCGCCUAGGAACUUGUUCCAAGUGCAAAUAGACGAACUCUAUCCAAUGGUAUGUUCAGAUGUUUCAUAGGUCAAACUACGGUUUUCAUAGUGUCAUCUAUGGUCUCAAAAAUCAUACUUGAAACAGACUCCUAGGCGAAUCCAGCAGUAUUCAGACUUCCAAAAAAGGAAAUUACGGAACUUUUGGAAGUGAUACCUCUGAAAGCUCCGUUAUCUCGAAAAAUUUGGUAAUUUCCGAAAUUUCCAAAAUUUCCAUAACUUGCACUUUCGGAAAUUUCCGAAAUUUCUUUAAACUUCCAAAUUUUCAAGGACACUUUUCUAUGAGUUUACGUGUUAUUGAAAAUUUCCGUAAUUUCCCUUUUUGGAAAUCUGAACAUACCUCUCAAUUCCCUAGAAAGUCUGGACUAGGGUUGAAGGACACAUCUGACAAGAAUGAUGUAGUGUAUGAAUCUAAAAAUAGUUAAAUGUUUAAUUAUUCUGUGCAACUUAUAUCUUUGUAUUUCUUUACAUAAUAAAUUUUUUCUUGAUUGGUCGAAAAAAGUGUGUGCAAUCAAGCUGUAGCCAGCAAAAGAUUCUUUUUUUAAUUUUCUUUUGGAAAGAUGAUGUAAAACUUCGUGCGAGCGAACAGCUGGUUUUUUGCGAGUGUACACUCUGAAAAUAAGUUUAUGGAAGUCAGCGAUAUAUCAAGGAAACUUUUUCUAGAAGGAUUCAUUGUUCCGAGAAAACUGAUUUCGGGCGCACGAAAAUUGUUCAAUCCGUAGCUUCAUCCUGAUAUUUGUAUUCCUCUAGUGGAGAGGAUCAAUCACUUCAUAGAAGGAAA